AUGGACAACAUCUCCUCCUUCUCCUCUUUCUCUCUCGUAGCUCUGAAUGGAACCAGCAGGUCCAACAGGAUGACUGCAUUCUCUUUUGCCUUGCCAGGCUAUUUAGUGACCAUUUUUGUGAACUCAGCUUUGAUUUGCAUAAUUGUUCUGGAGAAAGUUCUCCACAAGCCUAUGUAUAUUUUUUUGUGCAAUUUAAGUAUAAAUGGAUUAUACGGAGCUACAGGAUUUUAUCCACCUCUGCUGUAUUAUUUACUAAAUGAAUCCAACGUAAUCUCUUUGAAAGAAUGUGCCAUCCAAAGCUUUGCCAUUUUCACCUAUGCAAUAGGUGAGUUUACUAAUUUGUGCAUAAUGGCAUUUGAUAGAUACUUAGCAAUCUGCAGACCUCUGUACUACCAUACUGUCAUGACCACAAUCACUAUUUGGAGGCUGCUGACUUUCAUUUGGAUGUUUCCCUGCUGCACUGCAAUACUGAUAAUACUGAUGACGCUCAGGUUUCCCAUUUGCAUGAAUCAGAUAAACAAACUGUACUGUGAAAACUGGGUCUUGGAGAGACUUGCCUGCAGGGUGGACACCAUUCAGUUUGUGGUUAAUGGAAUAUUCACAUGUGCUAUUAAUGCUUUGGUAUGGUUUGUGUUUUUGUCUUAUGUAAAAAUACUGAUUGCUUGUAAGCACUCUGCUCAAAGCCACAAGAAGUUUGUAACCACAUGUCUGCCACAUUUGAUAGCCUUUUUGAAUUAUGUGGUCUGGUCUCUUUUUAAUACACUAUAUGAGCUGUUUGGAACUGGCAGUCUACCUCAGAGUUUUAAAAACUUCUUGUCGGUUUCAUUUUUGAUCAUUCCACCUCUGGUUAAUCCUAUAAUAUAUGGAAUUAUACUAACACCUAUUAGGACUAAAGCAAAAAAAAUAUUCCAAAGGUACCAACUGAGGAACACAAGGCUUUCGCCGGAGGUUAUUUGUGUGGUACACAAUGCUGAUCCAGUCAACUGCCGCAUUGCUUCAGCUCUGGACUUCAUGCAAGAGAAAUUGUCAACAGGCACAUGCCCUGCUACUCUUAAGGUUUAUGUGGCCGCUAUUUCGGCUUGCCACACCUUGAUUGACAGGAUGCCACUUGGGAGACACCCUCUGCCCUCUCGCUUCCUUCGUGGGGCCAGACGACGGAGGCCUGCAGUUCUGUCUUGGGCUGUACACCUGGUCAUUCUAGAGGCCUUCCGCCCUCCACCCUUCACAACGUCAGAGCAGGAGAAAUCUUAUAGACUGUGUCCAGUCCGUGCUCUUCAGGCUUACGUCCACUGCACUAGCCAGUGGCGUAAGUCGGAGCAGCUGUUCGUCUGUUAUGGUGGUGGUAACAGAGGAGCAGUUGCCACCAGGCAGACCAUGUCUCACUGGGUCAGGGAGGCUAUUGAUUUGGCUUAUGAGGCGCCACACCUGCACAACCUUAGGAACAUUUUCAAGCAAGGCGGCGUGGGUAUUCUCGUUCCCAAUGUGCUGAGCAGCGCAGCAUCAACUGAAGCUUUUGAAAAGGAAUGUUCCAGGUACCUUGUUCCCUGA